UUAAGGGAAGUUUGAUAUUCAGCUGGGUUUGGGAUGAACCAGUAUCCAAACACUCCGUAUGUAGGUGGAGGGGCAAGGGAGGGCAUGAUAUGUAAAUAGAAGGAAAGAGAAGGGUAGAUGGGGGUGGGGAGGGAGGGGACGGGGAUGGUACGAUGUAUGAUCCGCUGUUGCAACCCAGCACUUGCACACAUCUUGCCAACUUGGCCACGCGCCGGAAUCCGGAGAGAUGGGUUCUCUACAGUAGGGCGGGGUAUUAAAAUAUUAAAGAAAACAGGGGCGGAGGGACGUCGCCCGGCAGUCGGAAAGAAAAAAAAUAAAGGGCAACAGCGGCGGAGGAAGAGGAGGAGGAGAGCGGUGAGCACAGGGUCGUCUGGAGGGCAUCUGGUAAAAGCCUGACACAGACAUUGACUCUUGGGUACGGACUGUCCACUACUUAGUCAGACACUUAUUUCAAUGAAGUCAUCAUUGUAACAGUUGUACCAUUUACAUUAAUCAGGUUACAGAUUUUUUUUUUCUUUUUAUUUUUUUGGGUUAUAAAUUGAAAAUUGAGAU